CCAAAGCUUCUUCAGCCAUUUGCAAACUCUAAGCCCUGGGCUUGAAACAAUACACUUGAUGUGCUCGGAAUAAAAGCAGCCGACACCCCUCGCCUCUGUUACCUACCUAUUGUGAUACUCGAGCGCUCUACGCGGCUACAGUCACAACUGCAUACCUGCAUACCUGCAUCCAAAGUACCUGCAUACACAUCAUCAGCAUCUCGUUGCUCUCGAAUCGACCUCGCCUUCUACUACACAAACCCAGCAUCUACCUCAUCGCAUCACAAUGGCUAUCCGGGACCGGUUUCGUCGCGCCAUGCGCAGAUCCGACGACUCAGACACCAUUUCUCAGACAGACUCAAAUACCACCGACUCAUCGGCCAGACAAAGCUCCAGCUCCGAAUCGGCGCCCCAGCUGUCGCUGAAAAAGACCAGCUCGGUGCUGUCAAGGCUAUUCAAGGACACCAAGGAGAAGGAGGCCAAGAAGGAGGAAAAAGACCGCAAGAAGACCAAGGGCAGAACCUGGAAGCACCCCAGCGAAAAGCCCCUGACGGAGCAGAACCUCAAGCACCAGGAGAUGCUCAGCCAUUUCACCAUGACUUUUGGCGCCAGCGAUCCAACGCAGGUUCAGGAGCUCGACUUUGACGGAAUCAGCCCGUGCUGCACUCGCAACUGCAGCAUCGACCUUGGAUCGCCAGACAGCAUCUGAUCUGAGCGUCUGCAAUAUGCACGAUACGUUGCCGGGAACCGAUGCUUAUGCGACUUGCGACCGGAAAUUUUCCCCAUUCGCCAAGUCGGCCGGCUAUAAUGGCUAUAUGCACGCAUCGCAUCGAUUCACACUUUCGGUACCUGAACAGCUACACGACAAACUCGUGCUGUUUCAACACCCCUUGACUGGGAAAAAAAAUUCAAUAUCACCAUCCCUCGACGACUUUACUCCUUCUUCGACCUUGUCUUAUUUUACCUCGAUUUUUCGACCCCCUUUUUCUCCUACUUUUCGCUGUUUUAAUAUCCACGAUGCGGAGGAGACGCCACCUACACCUGCGCUAAAUACCGGUGCCAAGCGUACCUGCAUGAGGGGACAGAUCUAGAUCUCUGCUAGACCGUCGAGCCUCAUGUGACCACUGCUUUUUUUCAUUUCCUUGAUUCAACAAUAUUCUUUCUUAGUGCAACCCGCAUUUCGGCUCCGGCACGGGAUUCGCGCGUUCACCUUGUGUUAUGUUUUAUCACGACGCAAAUGGCUAUGACGAUGGGGGCGGCUUUUACAGCUAGAUACGUGGGUUUCUGGCAUCUUUCUCGGCUUUUCAUUUGUUUAUUACGGAAUUGGACACAUUCUACACAGGUACCAUGCUUGCUGUAGACGGAUCAUGGCGUUGGUUGGAAACACUCGACAUAGCUCGAGCAAUUGGGUUACAUACACGGUACAGAAUAUGUGCUCGUAUUUUUGACAGCUUUAGACAUUAUUUUAAUGGAUUUCAGUAAUUACUUAC